UACCUCAUUGUUUCCAGUUCUUUACGUUCAGUCAGAUGUGAAUCAAAACCUCAUUGCCUAAUUCAGUGAUCUCCUCAAUCGGCUCCUCUCAAAGGGUCAGAGAUUCAUUAAUUUUUCAAAUCUUUGAUUAAUUAAUGGAUCCCAUUAAGGCUCAAAAGGUUCGAGCCAUCAAGCGCUACAAGAAGAGUGAUUCGUUUUUCCAGAGUCUCAUUCUUCAUUCCCUUCUUGCGCUAGCUUGCAGUUUAUUUUGUUCCUACUCUAACUCGUUUCCCAAUUCUUUUUACACUAUCAAACACCUCUUGUUUAAUUCUCUUCCCAAUACUUGGUCGUGGUUCGUUAACCCUAGCUGCCUGUUCGUGGUAGUCAAUUUCAUUGUGGUGUUCCUUAUUGGAGAAUCGAGGAUCAGUGGCAAGCAAUCCUCAUCUCCGGCCGAUCAGGUUUACGAUGAGUAUGUUGCGAGGACUCGAAGUCUUAGGGGACGUCCUUCCACGACAGUUCAAGAGAUCAAGAAAGAAGAGAAGAUCGUAGUGAAAAUGGAUGGCCCGAAGGAGGACAAUGCUAAUGGGAUUGAAGAUCGCAAAGAAGUUGAUGAAGUACCACUGAAAGAAGAGAGUGAUGGUCAGGAUGAAGAUUUCGAAGAGUGCGAGGAAAAUGUUAUCGAAAAUGAAAAAAAUGAAGAAGAAGAAGAGAAAGAAAUGGAAGAAGAACACGAACAAGAAGAAGAGGACGCUGUAGGGAUACCGGCUGAGGAACUAAACAAAAGGAUUGAAGACUUCAUUGCAAGGGUUAAUAAGCAAAGGUUGCUUGAAGCUAGAUUUUUAAUUAAUUUGUAGUACAAGAGCUUGAUCGAUAUGUUUGGGGUACCCAAAAAUAAACUCCAUCGGUAAAUUAAUUAAUUGGGCUAAUUAUUUUGUGGUUUAUAAUUUACUGGUAUAAUUUUGUCA